AUGUCUUAUCAGCAGCAGCAGUGCAAGCAGCCCUGCCAGCCACCUCCAGUAGUGUGCACUCCCAAGUGCCCUGAGCCUUGCCCACCUCCGAAGUGCCCUGAGCCAUGCCCACCUCCAAAGUGCCAGCAGAAAUGCCCACCUUGCCCUGAGCCAUGCCCACCUCCUCAGUGCCAGCAGAAAUGCCCUCCUGUGCCACCUCCCCAACAAUGCCAGCAGAAGUGCCCACCCAAAAGCAAGUAG